AUGCCUGCUUUGCCUUCACCUUACGCCAAAGGUGGGAGCAUAGUGUCAAUGCCUGUGGGGCCGGCCGUCCCUGCAGGGCCGGUUAAGUCGUCUUCAGGAAAGCUUGAAUCACUCAGGCUUGCAGGAGUGAGGGUCCCGAAUGCACCGGGGCAGAGCUGGGAUCAAAAACUCUCCGAAGCAAGGGAGGCGGCUUUGGCAAAGUGGCUUGGGAUUCUUGAGAGGUUCCCCGAGGAUUUUGGUUUGACUUUGUCGAUUCGGUUAGACCGGGAAAAUGGGCGAGAUGCCGACUUGAAGACCUCAUUGCAAGAUGUGUUUUCUCAGAAGGCGAGCGUCACAAUCUCAGGUCGUGCCGGGCCUCUAGCCAGGUACGUCAAGCAUUGCCGAGGUCGCCAGGUCAAUCCUUUCCCUGUCACCGAAGCCGGGGUCUAUGCUUUCCUUCAAGACUAUGCAUCACACGAGGCGCCCACUUUCGCAAGGAGCUUCUUGAGCAGCCUCGCUUUUGCAAAGUUCACUGUGAGCUUGAAGGUGAGUGAUGAAGUCUUUAGCCCCAGGGUCCGUGGGCUGUCGUCGAAGCUAUAUCUUGACAAGAGAAAGACUCGACGGAAGCCAGCUCUUAAAGUUGAUCAUGUGCGCAAGUUGGAAGCCAUUGCAUCUGGUUCGAUCGAUCUCGAACCCGCAGAUCGGGUCGCUGCCGGCUUCUUUGUUUGGACCCUUUACGCACGAGCGAGGUACUCAGAUGCCCAGGCUGCAGGUGCAAUGACUUGCGACUUGAGCGAUACUCCAGAUGGCGUUGUGGGAUACCUUGAGGCUGCUGUUGAGCGAAGCAAAACUUCGUUUUCACUGGAAAGAAAGGUCAGGUAUUUGCACAUGUUCGCUCCCAUCCAGGGAAUAGGCGAGGUGCCCUGGGGUGUCAAGUGGUUUGAGUUUUAUGAAGUGCAUGGGCCUCCUUUGGGGACGGGUAAGCCCUUGCUUCCGAGUCCGCUCUCUGGAGGAGGGUGGCAAACGGCGCCGUUGGCGGUGGCAAGUGCCACGAAAUGGAUGAAGUCACUCUUGAUCCGUGCAGGAUGCGACAGGUCUUCCGUUGAACCGCUUGGGACGCACAGUCUCAAGGCGACGACCUUGAGUUGGAGCGCCAAAUUCGGAUUAGCCCGCGAGGUGAGGGCGGCCCUUGGUUAUCACGCCAGGGGCCGUGAUGGAACCGAGAUCAUCUAUGGGAGAGACAACAUGUCUGCCCCUGUGCGCCGGCUGCAAGAGGUCCUGCUCGAAGUGUCACGCGAAAGGUUCAUGCCGGAUGCCACCAGGUCCGGUUACUUCGUGAAGCGCUUUGAAGAUCCAGAGGGGAUGCCCAUUCCUCCUGACGAGGUUCUGUCGGAUUCUUCUUCCGAGGCUAGCGAGGAUGCCGAGGAUGUCGAUCAUGAAGCUGCGGAGGCCGCCGCCGAUGAGCUGGGGAGGCAAUGGGAGCCCGAUGCAGGCUUGCGGGCCGAGCUUGAGGCACUCACGCGUCGCAUUGUGUAUGCAUUAGAACAUGCUGACAUACUUCAUGUGACUUUUAAGCGGAUUGCUAGCCGGGUCCUUCUCCUGAAGAUGGCGAACUAUUCUGAGAGCCAAUCGGUUCUGCAGUCACGAUUGAGCGUCGUGGGUUUCGCGGAAGGAGAUGUCCUGAAAAUUCUGCCUGAGGUGGGAAACUUGAGGAGGCUGGCUUUCAUUUCUUCUUUCACCCCUGGCCAGACAGACGAGGAGCCUUUGAUGCGGGUGUUGAAGGAUAUCCUGAAACGAGAUCUGACAAUCGCAGACAAGGCCAAUUGGCGUGCGGUGUACAAUGAGGCUUAUGCCAUUGUGACCGCGGAAGUGAAGCAGCGGAUCGAGAAGGCCGAUCCCGAGUCGACUGUCAGGCCAUUGUCGCAGCCUGAGAGGUCUGAGCGUUACGAGCGGCAGGCAAAGAAGCUUGUCGGAAUUUCGCUAAAGGGGCCUCUGGAGCCUGCCGAUGCACUUGUCGACCUUGCUGUGGCCUCCUACGAGGCGAAUGAGCUCAGGUACAUUCCGUGGGACCGGUGUGUGUCAAAGGAAGCUGAAUUGGCUGGCGAGAAGAAGCGAGAUGUUAGGUUCACGGUCGAAGAGUCCUCUGGCAAGCUUCGGAUUGAGCAUAAGCAGCCUGACUUGGUUGCGGAUACUUCAUCAGAGAUUCUUGUUCAGCAGGCCCUCACGAGGAGGUCUCUGGCCAUGGACCAGGCAAACCUGAUCGAUUUCAGUGUCUCCGACCAAUGGACUCAGCGCUUGAUGAAGGCUCGCAUGCAGACGCCUGCGGAGCAUUUUGUCAGGCCCACUUGGAAGCAGCUUGAGUCGGCGGAUCGGCAGCUGUUUGCCGAGCUUCGUGAUAAGACCAGGGCAGGAGUGCAGACCGUCGCAUCGGGUCGCCCGUUGGACACACUUCUGCCGGAUGCGAUGUACAUGAACGAGGUGUCAUGCUUAUUGCAACCUUUACCGGCCCCUGUCCUAAAGGAUGUUCCCCAGAAGCCGGAUGCUCCCAAGUGGGAGAGGCCAUCUCCUUACACCAAAGGUGGGGGCAAAGGAAAGAAAGGUAAGCAGAGGUUCAUGACAAGGUUGCCCGCCGGCUUGGAAGGCUGCAGGUCCCACACUAAUCGUGGGGACCCAAUCUGCUUUGCCUUCAACCUGGGAGGCUGCUCGACGAAGGGGCAGAAGUGCGAGAAGGGCUUGCACAUCUGUGCAGGUGCUUCGCCGGCGGCCGGUGCUCCAGAGAGUGUGCAUCAGCCGGCAGCGAGGACCGCGCAGGUGGAUGAUCUCCGAGAGGGAGUUCAUCGGCCGAGCAAUGCAUGCGCGGGCGGCUCUCCUCCGAGUGGAGUGGAUUGUCGUCCGCAAUCAGGUGUUGAUCGAGAGGAUCAUCACGUGCACAACGUUGGCUCUCACAGUGCCAUCGCCAGGCCAUCACCAGGUGUGGUGGAGGCCGCACGCAGCAGGUCCCCGAAGCCCCGUGACGGGGCGGAGUCACAGAGCGGCACAGCGAGCUCUUCACUUGACGAGGGUCAUGUGAGUGCCGCCGAUGUUCUGCGAGUUUUCGAUGGUCUUCCUUCGGAUGCCUUGAAGAGGGGUGCCGAUGCACCUCUCCCAACUUCGAAAUCUUAUGCCACGGGAGCGUAUGUUCUUGGUGGCAAUGUGGGCUUGAAGGCCAAUGCCUCAGCCAACCCGGAGGCGCUCAAAGUCUUUGCAAGGUUUGUGAGACAGCGUGCACCGGGGUUUAAAUUUUCUUCAAUAAAUAUAUUCGAGGAUGUUCGCACUGAGCGCCAUCGUGAUCAGUGGAAUGCCAACUUGCAUAACUUGGCGAUUGCACUGACUGAAUUCUCAGGUGGAGCCAUCUUUGUGGAGCAUGAAAACGGUCGGGAUGUAUCCGACCUUAAUGGUGCCCGAGGCUCUCGCUUGGAGGUUGCAAAGGGCCCUGUCCGAUUCAAUGCCAGACACAAUUGGCACUACACCGAGGCGUGGCAAGGCCGUAGAGUCUUGCUGGUUGCAUUCACAAUCCGCCAUGUCGAGUCCCUAUGCCAGGAACAUCUUGACUUUCUCCGCAAGUGUCAUGUUGAUGUUCCGGAAUGCGCGCCCGAGGGCGCGCGGUUGGCGCCUGCAGAAGUGUGUGAUCGUCAGCCGCCAUCCUUGACCUCUACUGCAGCUCAGGAGUCGCUUAGGCCCUUGCCCGCUUCGGUUGUCCCCGCCUUUUGCCCUAAGGAACCUGUGAGCGACCCUGGUAGUCCCUUGAAGCCCGGUUCUGCUCUCUAUGUCGAGAUAAAGUGUGGGUCCGGGCUGCUGUCGGCUCGGGUGCGGCGGGACGGAUUCCAAAUCAUAGCGCUUGAACAUUCUCGCCCCGCUGGGCGAGUGCACACUCACCUUGUCCCUGUGGACAUUGAAACUGAGUCGGGUUUCUCCUUUGCGCAGACUGUCAUCAGCCAAGACGCCCCUUUUCACGUGCAUUUCUUUCCUGCGACCAAGGAUUGUUUUAAGGCUACUUUUAGCGCCGGGCAAACCAUUCGCCUCGCCAAGCUCUUGCUCGCAUCUGACUCGCAUUGGAGUGUCUUGCAUCCCCUGGCGUCAGCCCUGUGGAAACAGCUCGACUUGCCCGACACCCUCCAUUGCGUAGACUUCUGUGCAGGUUGCUACGGGGCUCCCUGUCCGGUAAGAAUGCGUCUGUGCACAACCCAGGCCGCGCUGGCUGGCAUGCCGGUGCCAGCAUGUAGUUGUCGCCCCGGGCCCCAUGCUGCGGGCUCGCUUGCACCAGAUGUCUUGUACACACCCAAAUUCUGUGAUGUGUUUGCUGGCCUCCUGCAGCUGGCGGUUGGCCAGUCUGGCCUCUUACUUGAGCACGCUGUUCCACUGCAGAGUUCGCGACAUUCUGCCGUCGCAGCCGCUGGGCGGCAGCCUCGAUUGUCAAAAUUCCAGCCGCAGAUCGCCGAGUUUAAGUGCCAGGCCACGGUCCGUGAGUUCCCGUGGCCCCUUCCUUUGGAUAAUAAAGGCAAUCUCACAUGUGCCAUAGGGUCCAUCCCUCCUGGCUCCCGCCUUCUUCGCAUUGUGUGUGAUCGGGGGGUCGUCGGUGCGAAACAGGUCGGAAGCCUGUCAGGUGUGCCUUCAGCAGUUACCUUUGGCAUUUACCGCACGGAACAAGAGUUUGUGGCUCAGGCAUUGCAUAUCGAUCAUCCCUUCGACUUGUGCGUGGCAGUCCCAGACUUCAUGUUGAGAGCGUUGGCUUUUACCUUGAAAGAGGGCCCGGUUGGUGUGAUGAAACACCGUCUGAAUUUGCUCCAGCAGUGGACUUCUUGGAAACGCGAUUUGGCUGGUGCCGAAGCAAAUCUGCAUGCUGCCAUGGAUCCUGGUGUAGCUUCUGUUAUGAAGGGCAAGAACAUUUUGCUUUUGGAGAAGAUUGCAUCAUCUUUCAGUUGGCCUGACACUGAAGUCUUCGAACACCUCAAGCAUGGGUUUCCUUUAGUGGGGGAGUCGAGUCCUUCUGGCAUUUUCGAUGUGGAUAGAAAACCGGCUCUGAUGACAAGGGCAGAGCUUGUGCAGCAUGCUAAAUUCCUUAGGCCUGCGCUGUGGGCGAAGGUGGCGAACGCGGAGGUGGACGAUUUAGCUCGGGAAGUGUGGGACUCCACACAGCAAGAGAUGCUAGUCAAGGAGUGGCUGACAGGGCCUUACUCGUGGGACGAGCUGCAAGCCCGUCAUCCAGAAGGCUGGCUUCCGGUGCGGAGGUUCGGCAUUGUGCAAAAAGCCAAGACGCGGUCGAUUGACGAUUUGGCCGAGAACUCUGUAAACUGCGCUUAUGCUGUUUCCGAUCGGAUUUCUUUGAGGGCCCUUGAUGAAUUGGUCUGGCUUGCGAUCACCCUCUUCAAGAUCUUCAUUGCAAAAGGCGAGGUGAGCAUCCCUUUGUCGGACGGUGACCAUCUUCGCUUUCCGGUGCAUUCUUUCUGGAGGGCCCUGAAGCCCGAUGCGCUUCAGCCGAGCUUGAAAACAGUGGACUUGAAAAGUGCUUAUAAACAGUUGGCGGUUUCUCCACGAGACCGCUGUCUGAGCAUAGUGGCCAUCAAGGACCCGGUUUCGGGGCUUGCGUUUGGCUUCGAGAGCCGAACCCUUCUGUUUGGAGCCACCUCGUCGGUGGUUUCAUUCAAUCGCGUUGCAAGAUUACUCCAAAGGGUUCUGAUUGCGUUGCAGGUGCUCGCCUGCAACUACUUCGACGAUUACCCGGUGUUAGAGGUCUUGCCGCUUUGUAACAACACGCAGUCGACUAUCAGAGCCGCGUUGGACCUGCUGGGUUUCGCCUGGGCAGAAGAUAAGGAUCUUCCCUUCAGCCAUGAGGCCGAACUUCUAGGCGUUCGGGUUGACCUUGGUAGCUUUGGGGUAGUUAAGAUUGGGAAUAAGCCCGAACGUGCUACUGCCAUUGCUGAGGCGGUGGACUCCGUCUUGAGUGCAGGCCACCUUGAUCCGAAGACUCUGCCGUCUUUGUUCGGUCGCCUCCAGUUUGCCGAGGGUCAGCUGCACGGGCGAUUGGGCAGAUUGGCACUGGCCGACCUUAGGGCGUGCACGAUGAGUUCUCAGGCCAAAGCCCUUGAUGCCACGGCUGUGCAGGCCCUUUGUAAUCUUAGGUCCCGGGUUCUUGGGGGUACCCCUAGGAUAGUCCCGGCCUGUGUGGGGUCUCGCCGUUCUGUGAUUUUCACAGAUGGAGCGUAUGAGCCGACGAAUGAAACUCACCCUGCCACUGUCGGAGGAGUCUUGUACCAUUUCGACAACGGCGCGUGGUGCACUUUCUUCUUUGCAUGUGCUAUCCCUUUGAGCGUUGUACAGAGCUGGGAGGCUCUCGGGAAAAGGCAUUUGAUAGGCCCAGUUGAGAUGUAUGCAGUGGUAUGUGCGAGAGAAGCGUGGUCGAAGCACUUGAACAUGCAGAGGGUGACCAUGUAUGUGGAUCACUCCGGAGUGUUGGCCUCUCUGGUGAAAGGCUCUUCAAAACACCCUUUGUGGAGGCAACUCUUGCUGAUCUUUGAGAGCUGCGACGCUGAGGCGAUGCUCCCUUGGUUUAGCCGCGUUCCAAGUGCAAGCAACCCGGCCGAUCCUCCUUCGAGAGCUAAGUCGAUCUUUCCAGUCAGGGGGCAGGUGUGCAGAGUGUCGCCUCGAUGCCCGAUCAAAGGCAAUGCCACGAUUGAUCUCCUUCUUAAGUGA